AAACCCGCCCCAACAGACGACGAAAAUGUCAGUGAAAUCUUCCCCCAAACCCCGCCCGAGGACCGUCGAGGACUCCUCCUCCCUAGUGCAGUGAAGGCGGACAUGAGGUCUGUGACUGAGGAGACGCCCUACCGAUGGGACUAAGAGAGAGAGAGGGCGCAGGAGAAGAAGAGACACGAGAGAAAAAGGGCGCAGGAGAAUCAGGAGAGAGAGAGAGAGAGAGAGAGAGAGAGAGGGAGAGGAUCACCAUUGUCACCAUGAGGGUCCUGUAGCUCUUUGUCUGCUACUACUGCUGCCUCCUCCUCCUCCUCCUCAUUCCUCUUUCCUCCUCUCCUCCUCCUCCUUCUCCUCCUCCUGCUGGUGUUAGUGGGACGAGCGGAGAUAUCAUUAUCAUCAUUAUUAUCAUCAUCAUUCUCUCUCUCUCUCUGUCUCCCUCUCUCUCUUCUCUAUGCGCGUUUAUCUGGGAUUAUUUCCAUUUAUAUCUAAAUGAAGUAGAAAAAGGAUUCGCGAAAACUCCUACUGCUGUUGCCAUCUCGUAGGAAAGAUGCGAUCCAGUAGUGUGGAAGAAGUUGGUGGUCAUGGACCAGGUGACCCGUGGGAGGUGUUCUCCGCUCUGGCCAUCCUUGUAGUGGAGGGACGAACCCCAGGGGGAGAGAGGGGCUACCAUGCAGGACCCCACUGUCCACUGCCUCAUCAGUUGCAGCAUAAACACAACUGCGACCAGAAUGAUCACGUGUGUGUUCAAGCUGGAUCCUUGCUGCGUCAGCUGCGGGUGAUGUGGGGUGUUGGUGUUGGAGUGAGCCUAGAGGUGCUUGUUGCUCCUGAAUGUCAGCACGGGGCAGCAUUAGCCACCACCCUCGAUACUCCUAUCGCUCCCUCGCAGAACCUUCGGCUGAUUGAACAGUGGAACUUUACUAUCUAUGAUCGGAGACUCCCAGAGGCUGCGGCAACUGGUUGGUCUUUGGUGGCAGCAGUGAGGUCGUUUCUGCACUUUUCCCAACUCUCGGCUUGGCUGAGCGUGUCAAGGGGCCGGCGGCCGCCAAAUGUGUUGUAUAGGCUGACAGUUACUUCGCCUGUCUUUUGUUCUAAAUUUACAGAAGAAGCAGAAGAACAUGUGUUUCCAUUGGCUUACAUGGGUCAGGAUACUUCGAUCAAGGUGGCCGUGCGUUCCUUACCUCGGAGCGAAAAAGUUCCAGUGGUUGUCUGCUACGAGCCACAUGAAGACAAUUGUGAGGAGAUGACAUCAGAUGAAAGUCUUCCUUCUUGUUCUCAAAAUAAAACUGAGAUGGCAAGGGGUGAGGAAGAUUUGCGGAGAAGUGUCAUGAAAGCCAGGUUGGCAGAGAACACCCGUGUGAGUCGAAGCGAAUCGCCGGACACACAGCUAGGGGAGAGUCUGCUGGAUCCUCCUCACUCCCUCACUCGUUUCCCUCGUCGCUACCAGUCUCCCGUGCGGUCGGGGUCUCCUUCCCUAGAAACUCCUGAGCAUUUGAUAUGUCGCCACAGACACCCAGUACCUCCCAACAGCAGGCCUCCAGAUGUAAUGCCACUGGGACCAAGUUUAGCCCGUCACCCGUUUUCUUGGACUCAGGCGCGUUACCCGGUUCCUCCUGUCAGUCUUCAUCUCCAUCCGACCUCUCUGGCCUCCUCAGUGUGUCCCUCCAGUAGUGGAAUCCCCCCCCCACAUCAGCAACAGCAGCAGUCAAGCCAUCACAUGCAACAUUGUCCUUAUAGAAUAGAUUACUCCGGACCCAGCCAACAUUUUCAGAGGCCACACCCCAUCUAUAAUCGUCCACAGAUGUGUUUGUCACAGCCGCAGUCUAUCAACCAGUUGCAUCUGCAAAAGCCCCAUUCUUCCCAUCACAACCUCCAGUCAUUGAACUUUGAUCAGCUUCAGAAGCAGCAGCAGCAGCAGCAGCAGCAGCAGCAGCAGCAGCAGCAGCAGCAGCAAGGCAGCUUAUCACCGAGGGGGGGCAAGUAUCAAAAUUACCCCGAGUAUCAGUACUACAACGAUCAGGCAGAAUCAAGCAGAGACUAUGUUGGACCCUCCAAGAGAUACAAGAGCACGAGGCUGCUUAGCGACGGGUGUUCAGAAUCUGAUUACAGUUACAGUUUUAAACCCAGAGGAGAUUGCUCUGAAAUGUCCAAAAAUGUCCAAGGUACAAGUAGUAGUUCCAGCGUACAAGGGGGGUCUAUGCAGCAUCGGGAGGAAGACGAGAACUCGAGCGAAUGGGAGUGCAAGAAGAAUGGGCAUAAUGGAAGCAGUGCUUGUCUUCCACAGCUGCCAGGGGAGGCAGAAUCCCUUUCUGGAGAACCAACCCAAAAGGGCAGCGGGAAGGUCAGCGCCGGUCUGAAGCGGGGAUCCUCCUCCUCGAGUGAGAAGCGCUGUAAAACAGAGAAGAUGCUUCCAAAAGUGAUAGAUGAUCAGUUGAGGCCUUGCUGUUCACACACUGGCAAACAUUUGUGUUCCAGCAUGGAAGAUCUGUCUGACGUCUGUGAUAAGGAACCUGAGAGUUCGUGUCACUUACACUCUAAGGAUAUUAAACAAGAAAUGAAACACAGAGGUGAUGUUAGUCCUAGCCGCUUGUUCCGUAACAAGUUCAACUUUGACCUAACUCCAAAGGAAACUAUGGAAAUUUUGAGUGUUUUGCGACAGUCUAGUAACAGCCCAAGGAGCCAUUCGAAAGUUCGUUCUCCUAAAGGUCAUUCUGAGAUGAAAAAUUUACAUUUAGGCUUAGAUCCUGAUAUGAAAGCAGAGAAGCAGUUGUGGGCUAGUCAAGAAAUGGAGAGAAAAAUGCUGGAAGACAAAGGAGGAAAGAGGCUGGAGGGGGAGGGCCACUUCAGGCUUCUUGAUUCUGUGAAAGUGACGAGAGAAUGGGAAGCGGGUGAAGCCCCCUCAGCGACGACGACGACGAGGAGGAGUUGCAAGAGCAGCAGCCAAAUGGGACCAAACUAUCUCUCAUCCUUGGGGGGAUGUUCCGAGCACAGGAAGAGUGAAAGGUGCCAAAACGAAAAUCGGGGUAGAGGGGAUGAUGUGCAGGAGGAGUUGACCUCUAGUCCCGAAAACCAGUUUCUCGAAGCCAUAGCGCUUAGUAGUGAGAAACCAUGUGAUAUUCCUAGUUGUAAGACUUUAGUUGAUAGUUGUGAGCCAUUGUGGACCAGAGUUUGUAGUGAUAAUGCUUGUGAUAAUGAUAGUGAUUUAAUGAAAAAGGGAAUUAUUUAUGGUUUGGAAGAAGGAUACAGGGAAACUGAAAACCAACAGUGUGUUGAAGCUAAAAAGAUUACACUGAAAACGAACUUUUAUACUGCUUGUAGCGAGCCAGCCAAAGCCCUCCACUGUCAACCACAGAAGCAAGUAUCACAUACGCUGAGUAAGAGUCCAUUUGUUGCAAUAUUAUCUAGCAUCCAAAAUGAGUACAAUCAAGACAUUACGGGAGAGCAGCAGCUGCAUAUGACGACAGGCCAUUCAAAUGCCACUUCCAGCACCACAAAGGAGACAGCAAAGAGAGUCUUGAAUUUCCAAGAUGAUGAUGAGGAAACCCACGUCCAUCAGAAAGCCAAGGAAGAAAUACCAUCCAAAAUUAGCAUCGCAAAAUCUCAUUUGGACCAGAGUGAUUGGAAGAUCGGCAGAGAUGCCGGCAAGGAGAACAACGUGGUGCGUUCGAGGGAGACUCGAGAAGGAUUUGUCAAAAGUGCGAGCUUGCUCAAACACCUGAUGACGCGGGGUCAUCCAUCACAACCUCAGGAGAAUUCUCAGGAUGAUAGGCCAUUCAUUUUAGACGGCAAUGACCACGGAGGAGAUGCUUCGAAGCAGUCGCCUGUGCAGCUUGAGACAGGUCAGAAAAUCAAGCAGAUAGAAGAUGACCAGAAGCAAGUUGGCAGCAAUGACACAGAGAUGCAACUAGAUGACUUAAUCUGUGAGGAUGAUGAGGUUGAGAAGUACUGCAACAUGAAAGGUGUCACUAUUCCAUCUGCCAGCGAGAAGGCUCAGUUCCGCCGCUCCUUAGACUCUGCGACGAACAUGGUGUUCCACAGCAAGACGGGGCUACCCCUUACGUCCUCUCCGGCGCCACUCAGAAAGGGAAAGCGAUUUGACUACGACUCCAGCCUUAUCAGUGUAGCGGCAAUAAAGAGAUCGACAUCGUUCCACUGCAGUGCAUUGUACGCCUGUGAUACCGAAGAGGAAGAGGCAUAUACUAUAGAGAUGCACGCAGUAUGCCACGAACACAAGAGCGCUCGCAAGUUGCAUCAACUGUCGAUGUCCGCGCCAGCUACUGUCACGUGUUCAAACCUCCUGGGCAGCUUUGAGGAGUGCGUCCUGAACGGUCGACUGGAGCCUGUGUCAACUGUCCAGGGUUUCACGGCAGAAAUUGCAGCCUCCGGAGCCUUCUGUCCAAAGCGCAUCACAAAACCAGUGACAGUUUUUUUCUACACACUCUGUGAUAAUGAUCAGAUCUCAUCUCCGUACAUGGGUCACAUCAAUCUUGGCAAGAAAGGCUACCAUGUCCCCAGCAAAGGCACUGUACAGGUUACAUUGUUCAACCCACACGGGACAGUGGUGAAAAUGUUCGUUGUAAUGUAUGAUUUGUCAGAUAUGCCGCCCAACUCGCGUACGUUUGUCCGUCAGCGUACGCUAAACAUGCCAGUAGGGGCCAGUGAUGCAGAUGACAAUGCUCAUCAAUGGCUCCGUUACCUCAUACAUCUCAGGUUUGUCAGUUCCAAGUCUGGCAAAAUCUACCUCCAUACAGAUAUUCGCAUGUUGAUCCUCCGAAAGAGCGAUGCUGAUGCUGCCACACUGCACAAAACCAGCGUCCCCUAUGAACUGCGCUCAUUCACCCAUGGUCCAACGAAUCCUAAAUUUUCUCCCAGGAAGUAAGAAGAAAUUCAGUCUCCAAUACUUACUACAUAAUACUGCCAUUUUGCUAACACAGGAAGACAUGAACAGUGCCAUGUAGUUUUCUGAUGACUGUGAAAAUUAUGGUGGACGCAACAUUUUUAAUUAAAAGCUUGUUAUAGAACAAUCCAUACAUAGUACUCCUACUGAUAUUUUGAAAAGAAAAAUAAAAAAAUCAAUAAGAGACUAUUAAUUAAGAGAAAUAGAAAUGUGAAUUCUGAAUCAUCAUUGGAAAAUGUCCAGCGUGAAUCUAUCCAUCCUCCUCCCUUCCGGAAAAAGAUAAACAAAAACGAAAAAAGAAAAGAAAAUUGUACGUAAUUGUGAUCAUAUUGCUGAAUCUAAAGUAUUUGUUCAACAAGUAUCAACAACUGCCACAAGUGUAGGGUUGCCAGAUGGGUGUCCAGGAAUAUUUGAUGAUCAAACUCUCAUGCUUCCAGUUGCUAAGGACAAGUGAAAUGUGGUUUUGACUCAAAGUGCCCUUGCGUGAUCCAGUUUGUAUAGAAUGUUUGUGUUGAUAUUUUUAUUGGCUUACCAAACAGCAUCAUCAUCAUCAUAUUCUCAUUCGGUUCCAUUCUCUUCAGAAGAGCUUAGUCAUUGGCUAUGCAUUACUACAAAACAUUUGAUUAUAUAGUACUAUAAUACCAGUGGAGCGAGCAUGCAUCAAUAUGGAACAAAACUUGGUCGAAGGUGCGACAGACGCUAUCGUCUCGUCUUGUGAUAGUUCUCUUUUUAAAUGACUUAUUUAGAUGCUGAUCUCAGUAUUGCCUUUAGAGUAGUAUACUAUACUUUUUAAAUCUUUAGUGUUUGUUGUUUUUCAUGAAAGCUUAGGAAUUAUUAUUGGAGAAAGUGUUUCUGAGAAAUUUAUGUUAUGCUGUAUAUUAUAUAUUUGACUACUGUAGUAUUUUCAUUUUGUCUUUUGUUAAACAUUUUUAGCUUUUAUCAAAGAUGCAUGGCAUUUAUGUGCACACAGUUUCGUGGAACUAACAUUAUCAAAAGUAAUCCUAGGCUGUUCGCAAAUAUUUUACUUAAUAAAUAUCAAGAGUGGUCCCUGUCGUACAAGCAAGCAAGCAAGCAAGCAAGCAUUGCUAUUGGAGCCUGGUUCUUCUUCGUUCGUCUCUCCUCCUUGCAGCAACGCGCUUGCAAUGAAGACAGGGACAACACUUCAGUAACGUGCCUAUAAUAUAUUACUAUAUGUUUUUGAUGUACGUAUCAUGAAUGAUUGGACAAAG